CUACACAUCUGGUCAGGCAGGUGUGUUCUAUUCCGCUGGCUGGCCAAUCAGAUAUUCUUCCGGGAGCCCAGAUUACUGUUACAUAAGGUAUAACGUCGGUAGCAACAGCUUGAAAGUUGCUGUCAUGGACUUGGACCUUGGCUCAUCUUCCUAUUCAAAUUUGCCAUACUUCCAAGUGAGAGGCUCAAACAGUCGUUAUUUCGAAAAAUACCCCAUCGCAUUUGAAAGCAAAAAAAGCUUAAUCACACGCUACACGAUUGCAGUGAGUAUAAAACUGUGUGGAACUCAGUCUCCUCGAUCGUAUACCACUGAUUACAACUAUGUGUAUUUGUUCUUUAAUAAACCAAUCGCCACGACAGUUGGUAGAGGUUUUGUGGUUGGCUACGUCGAAUAUGGAUACUCAAUUCGGUCAAGUUGGUCAAAUUGGUCAAGUUGGUCAGGUUCCGCAAGUUGGUCGAAUUGGUCGCGUUGGUCAAGUUCAAAAAGUUCAGGUUCAGGCACUGCUAUUGGCGCAUCAAUUGGGAGUAUCGUUUUUGUUGCAAUCAUAAUAGGAUUUAUCUAUGGAUGUUGCAGAGCAUCUUGCAGGGCCAAUCGAGGAGCCGUCAUUGUAGCACAGCAAGGACAGACCGCACAAGCCGCCCCCAUUGUAAUUGCCAAUGUCUCUAACAAUGUAGCAACAUCCCAAGCAACUACUCUAGCACCUACAACUACUGCAGGUUACAUGCCACCACCGCAGGGUGCACCUGCAUAUAUGCCACCGCAGGGUGCCCCUGGCUAUAUGUACCCACCGAAGGGUGCCCCUGGAUAUAUGCCACCACCACAGGGUGCCCCAGGAUAUAUGCCACCACCACAGGAUGCCCCAGGAUAUAUGCCACCACCACAGGGUGCCCCAGAAUAUAUGCCAUCGCCAGAUGGUUAAGGCUAUAUGGCGGCGCCACCGCCAUACUCGACCAGUGGUCCUUAUCCAACUGCACAAUAUCCUGAUGGAAUGCAAAAACAAUAAAGAUUUGCAAAGUAUUUUAAUUUCAACUGAUUCGUGUCGUUAUUCUAAGAUUUCAAAAUCUUGCAGCCGUAUUGCUGACAAGCCAUUUUUCUUUAAUUUCUAAGUAUAGUUCAGGUUUUCAUCUUAUAACUUUAUGUAGUGCUAGAUUCAAUUUGCAAUAUAUUUGUUGCAUUAUAGCUGCAUUGUCAGAACUAUAUAGAUUUAAUGUGUGGUGAAUGCCUAAGCAACCUGCAAGGUUAUUCACCUUCUUAAUUUUUUGCCGAAUGUUGAUGAAAUAAGCACUUGAUUGACAGAAGAUGAUUAUAAGGGAAAAAGCCCGGUUAUCAAACUUUUCGAAUUUGAGUAAUCUCAAGUUACCGGGUGAUAUUCGUACCGAGAUUAUUUGCCACCCACUCCCAGUGGCGGAUCCAGCCAAAAAUCUGACUACCGCCGAAAUGAGAUAGAGGGUUGACCACACCCUUUAGACCACACCCAUUUCUUGGUCACACCCGGUUUUCUAAAAUGAUUAUUGCUUUCUAUAAUUUCUUAUGUAGACCAUUUUCAAGAGACAAGCUGUGCUUUACUGAAAUUUCAUGUAUCCUUACAACAAGCUUGAGAAGAAAUAAAUAUUCUUAUUCAAUAUUCUGAGGAUGGAUAUUCUAAAAAAAUUACGGCAUUUAGACGAGGAACACCAUAGAAUUAGAAAAAAAAGAUACAUUUGGCAGAAUUUUGAAUUGUGGCCUAAAGCUCGCAUUUAGUUGCACAAUUACUUAUGAAAAUCAGACCUGUUGGAAACUACAGGUUUAAAGAACUAGAUAAAAUUUGAAAUUAUUGAGAGAAACUUUUGUUAAACAAAGAAUCAUACUUUUGGCGAAUAUUGUGGGCCUGACUUUUAAUCCUGAUGCCUUCUUAAAUUUUAGAAUAUUUGAGUCUUAAUAUUCUUUUAAAAUAUAUUCCUACGAAUACUGACUCCAGUUUUGAUCCAUAACAACAUAUUAUAUUAAUCUCAAUGUUAAUCCAACAUAAUGUUGCUGGAACCAUGCACCUCAGCCAGUUCAAAUGGUCAUUAAUUAUAUUAAUAACAAUAUAGUGUUGUGACAACCGGCCCGUUGUCAGGGUGUGUAUUGUUAUCAACAGGUGUUAGCGCUUUGCCCGCUCGAUUCAAAUUGUUGUGCUGUUGCCGUAUCGCAUGGUCGCUAUCGCCGCCAUUUUACUUUCGUUCGCUGUUUGUGAUGAUUUGUCGGUCUGCAUUGUUUUGCGUAUCUUGACAAUUAUAUUUUAUUGUUAAUAUUACGAUAACUUCUUGAUUUAUAAAUGAUUGAUUAAGUAUUUAGCUUCAUGUUAUUUUUAUUGAAUUAUGUAUUAUUUUUAAUGAUCUUGUUACUUUAAAGCAAUGUAUCACGUUAUUUUAAACUAAUUAAUUGA